UUCACUCGUGAGAAAUCAAGUUUAAAACGCAUCUUCCUAGUUCCUAUUCCUAAUUCUCUCGUACCCUCUUUGGAGUUCCCUCUUUAGAGUUUGGUGUAUUGGAGGCCUAGCCCCGUCUACGCGCCGCCUCAACCCACACGCCGGCCGCCGCGCUCUGCUAUGUAGUUCAGCCUACACGGAUUCAACGUUAUCCCUUUCUCCACCAAUUGGUUAGAAAAAUAGCAAUUGAGCAAAUAUGGUAAGUGCGUUGAUAAAUGCAAAUCCAACUGUCUAUGAAAAGAAAGAUCGUGGAGCGCGCAAGCAGUCAACAAAUGACGGUGAUGAGUAUGCUGUUGAACCUAUUGACGACCUUGAAAUUUUUGAUCAUAUUAGAGACAUUAAAGAUCCAGAGCAUCCCUAUUCUCUUGAAGAACUGAAAGUGGUAACAGAAGAAUCUGUUGAAGUAGACGACAAACGUAGUUACGUUAGUGUAACAUUCACACCGACAGUUGAACAUUGUAGUAUGGCAACACUUAUUGGUCUCUGCUUGAAGGUGAAACUUAUUCGAAGUUUGCCGUUACGUUACAAGGUGGACAUUAGAGUUGCACCAGGAUCCCAUGCCUCUGAAGCUUCAGUUAAUAAACAGUUGAAUGACAAGGAGCGUAUUGCAGCUGCUUUAGAAAAUCCAAACCUAGUAGCUAUGGUGGACGAGUGUCUAGCUCCAACCUACGUCUAAAGUCAAUUCAUUGUGUAGUUAGUUGCAUCAAAGCAAUCGUUGGCUUCAUUAUGAAUGGUUUGCCUUGCCUUGCCUUGCCUUGUGAGAGCACUAUUUAGUUGCUGUAAAUGUCAACUUAAAUUAGGAAAAUUUACUUGGAAUAAUCUCAAUCUUUCAUUAAUUAUCCUUCAAUAA